AUCGAAUAAUCGAUAAUUGAAUAAACGAAAAGUAAACAAAACCCCCCACCCGCCCCCUCUAAGCAAAUCACAAAAUGGAUCUGGAAGAGACGAGCGACACUGGAUUUCCGGCACUUGGCUUUCCAGAAGUGGGCACCUGGAAUCGCACACAUAAUGUGCCGCUGGAAAACAUGAAAAUCGAUGCGCCAAUGAUAUGGCUGCUGUGCUCGCUGCUGACAACGAUCACAUGGGUGACCUACAACACCUUUUACAACUCGCGUGUAAUCGGAAUGCUCAUCACAAAGAUUGCCAAUCGUUGGUUCAUCAAAGGUGCUUACUUCAAGAUUGGUUCUGUGGCAUUGAAUCCGUUGGCCGGCAAGAUAAUGUUCCGGGAUUUUGUGUACAUCACCUACGAUUAUACGAUGCGGGUGCAGGAUGGCUAUUUCAUAUUCCGCUGGUGGCGUUCCUAUGUGCCCAAGGAUGUCUCCGAGGAUCUCUCCCAUUCGGAUACGCGUUUGUCUGUUCAGCUAAAUGGCUAUGAGUUGCAUAUCUAUAAUCGCUCCGAUUUGUACGAUAAGUUGGAGAAGACUUUCGGGCUGGAGCCAUCGCUGCUGAUACCCACCGAUGUGGUUAGCAACGAGGAGCGCAACAAGCUCAAGGAGCACAACAUGAACGUGGAAAAUGCCCGUCAAAGUAAACGUGUCAAUAGCGUUAAGAAUUCGGAGGCAAUGCAGGCGACCACCUGGCGAGAUUUAAUACCCGUCAUCAAGAUUGAUAUUAGUUCGGGUCGCUUUGUUUUUGGCAAUCGUCUGACGCCGACGACACUCUCCAUUUCCGUGGAGGAAGCUCAUUGCACGUACAGCACAAAGCCCGCCAAUUGUCGUCUCGAUCAUUUCAUGCACUUUGUCAAGGCGAAGGUGGAGAAUGCCAAGGUGCUCUUCUGUCCCAGCCCAAAAUACACCGGUUUGAUUGAUGAACCACCUCGCUAUAUGGGCGAGGGAUUUGUGGUUAUGAUGUCCAAUCAAAUGGAUCUAUAUUUCUAUAUGGAUGAGCCGGGCUUGGUGCCGGAGCAGCCCGUACAAAUUGAGUUGGCCAAUGGUGAUGUGGUGGAGCCAUCGCCACCUGUUUGGGGCAUUAAUGCGCACUGCUUGAAGGGCACCGAUUUUAGCUACGGUCCCUGGGCGGAUAGACAGCGAGAUCAUUUGUAUCGCUAUUUCUAUCCAUCCGAUUGGAAGGAGGCAGAAGUGACGCCCACACCACAGCCGGGCGAGCUGCGCAGCUAUCAGUCGUUUGAUGUGACGCUGUGCGUCUUGAAUGAGGCCACCAUCGAUAUACUCUUCUCCAAGGAGAAGGAGACGAAUGCCAUGCACAUAACCGUUGGACCCGCCUCCUAUGUGGAGGUCACCAUACCCUGGAUAACCCACAUCGAUGGAUAUACGUCCAAAAUACAGGGACAACUCUUUCAUGUGGAGGCCACCACAUCGCUCCAGUAUCGCAGCCUCGCCGAAUUCGAAUCCUUGGAGUACAAAGUGCGCAUUCAUUAUCCGACCAAAUGGAAUGCACCACAGGAUUGGAAUAUUUCGCUGGCUGGUUGUAAAACAACAGCUUAUAUUGUGUAUAAGCACAAGUGCUUCUUCCAGGAUCUCAUCGAGGAUUGGGCGAACAAGGCACGACCCGAUAUACUCAGCUUUGUGCCAUACACCUGCAAUUUCAAUAUACGCUUAAAUGAAUUUGAGAUCCUUAUGCUGUGCAACGAAUACAAUUGGAUCGAUUGCAGCAGCGCCAACCAGGAGAAUAAUCAUUUGGGAUUUUGCGGCGAUGUUUUCGAGAUGAGUUUCGCGCUGCCCUUUGAUGAUUUUCUGCCCAAGACUGUGACGCUCAAGUUUUGGAUACAUGGCGAGGGUCUCGACCUGAGCCUGUAUGUGCCGGAGGUGUCUUCGGUGCGUCCCAUUGUCCUAGCCAUAGACGAGAACGCAAGACUGUUGACCCGCGAGGGCAAAUUGAUACGACGACCCGAACUGUAUACGAAAAAAUGGCGCAAGAUUUGUCAGCGCAGCGCCGGUUGGAUUGACUGUUGGGCGGUGCCCAUUUUAGCUUUGUCCAUUCAAUAUGUAUAUCAUCCAGUGCCGCCGCUGGGACCAGAUCCUCAGGCGGAUAUUACCACGCCGGAGAAGGAGGAGAUUUUACUGAGCCCCAUGCGCAUACCCAAGGUGCGUAAAUCUCCCGUGAGCAGCAGCUGGCAGCAAUCGGAGCAACAGAAAUUCGAUCCGGGCACUUUGGCAGCGGAUCAUGUCACCGUCGAGGUGGAAAUCGGCAGCUCUGUGCUGAUGGCCUACGGCAAUGUUUUGCGGAAUUUCAUCAACCUCAAAGAGAACAUCUUCGGUGAGGAUCAAAGCUUUACGGAUAUGGAACAAUCGAAUGUUAGCCUGAAGGAGACGGGUGCACCGAACAAUCCCAAGGAUCAAUUGUUGGCCAAGGAGAAGGAGUUGGCCAACAAAUCCAUAUCAGAGACAACGGCACCGGAGGAGAAACGUAAACCAUUCGAUCCACGACUGUAUCGUCCGCUGGAAGUGAUGGUCUCGGUGAUUGUGCAUGAUAUCCAGGCGCAUGUGAUGAAGAACUGCAAUCCCGAUGAUCCACCGUGUCCGGUGGUGUUAAUCGAACGCUUUGGCUUCGAGAUGAACAAACGGUAUACGGAGACAACGUUGCAGGUGCUGGUGAGUCCCGCCUAUCUGCUCACCUCGGAUUCGCUGCAGCGCCAGCAACGCGAGCAGCACAUCCAACAGGGUCACCUGCUGCUCUCGGCGGUGCAGGUGCGCGGCCAUGCAAUGUUCAGCAAUGAGGGUUGUGCUCUGGAUGAGGAUACACUCGAAUAUUCCUGGCUCGUCGAGGUGCAACUGGGCAAGUUGACAGGGAAAUUGACGUUGCCACAGCUGGUGAAUGUUGUCACUGGCUUGGAGACCCUUGUGCUGCUCGCCAUCGAUCCUGAGAACUGCCUGAAGUCACCAAAAACGGUGCGCAAUUGUCAUCAUGGUGUGCCCAGCAAUCUCUGUCCGCACACCAAGGAGGAGAACAAAUACAAAUGUCCCUCGGCCGAGGAUAUUAAGUACAAAAUGACUCGUGUCUCUGUGGAUGCCGUCGAUGUUUAUCUCAUUGAGAGCGGCACAGCGUUGCACGCUUGGAUCUCACCCAUUCGACUGGCCAAUUGUAAUCUGCACGGGCAGCGCGUCAAAUCGGGCAUCUCGGGUCUGCUGCCCUCCAUCUUGUUGCGACUGUUUAUGUUGCACGCUGGGAAUGUGCCCAAUAGCGCUUUUAAUACCAACACCACGGGCAGUAAUCGAUCGGGCAAGCUGCGUCGCGCCGAUCAGGAUUCGUUGAAGUCCAGUCAGGAUGUGCCCAACAGCAGUGCACAUUUCGGUCACAAGUCCGGCAAGCGUAGCUCGAAUUCCUUUUCGCAGCGUCGCGAUUCACGCGAGGAUCGCCGAUGCUUCACUGAUGCUCAUGGCCCCAAACGCACCCCGGAAACGGCGGAGCUCAGCGAGAACUGGGUCGAGGUUGGCUGCACCUCGUUGGGACCCAUUCUGCUGGAGGGUGCCUCCGCUCUGCCCAUACCCGAUCACGAACUGCAUCUCGUGCAGCACAAUUUUCUGCGCGAACAUGAUGCGAAAUUUAAACGUUUGUGGUUUCUGUGGUCCAACAAUGGCAACGCAAUCAGCUCCGCGUCGGAGACAUCGCGUUGCGGCUGCAUCGGUGGCUGCGUCUUCUUUGGCAGCAAUCGCAACGGGCAAAAGUUCUUCAAGCCCACCGCUCAGGAUGUCCAUGACAAUUAUAAUAUUGCACGCUAUUUCAUCAUCAACAACAACAAGGACUUUGGCUUUGGCGAGAGUAUUUUGCAUCAGGGUCAGUUGGUCUUCCACACGCCGCCGUACAGUCUGCACUGUGUCUCGUUGCACGACGCCGCGGACUUCAAUGGCAAGGGCAAGUUGUAUCGACCCGCUGUCGAGUUGCGCAAUGGCAGCUUGAAGAAAUCGGAGCACUGUUCACUGCCAGAUGGUGCUAAGUUUAAAAUUGGCGGUGGUGUUGUGGACAAACCAGAGUUGAGCAGCAGUCGCCACAAAUCGCGGGAGAGCAUUGGUUCGCCAAAUACACUGGAGCGACGCAGCAAGCGAUAUACGUGCACCAGGCAGACCUCGGUAGAGGUGCCCUACGCACGACUGCUGGACAGUCCCUCCAAGAAGCUGCAGUUGCAGCAGCAGCAACAUGACUGCACCGUGGAGGUGGCCAAUGCUGCCGCUAGCAUACCAAGACGUGGCUCGGAUUCGCACAGAUUACGCGUCUCGCCGCCAAAGACAAGCAUCUCGGACUCCAGACUGACCGGCGAGGCGGCGCUCGACGAUGAGCACGAGAUGCCCGAUGAGAUGUCGCAUUCUGCGCCGCACUCACAUCCAUUGGAAUUUGAGAUCGCUGACAUUGCGCUGCAUGUGGGGGAACAGUUGCCGCGCGAGGUACAGCGCACCAUAUCGCUGACCUCGGAGAAUCCCUCCGAGAUGUUCUUCUCCGCCGAGGAGGAUAUCUCGAAUGUGAUGUCGCAGCGCGGCUCCAUGAAGCAGCGCAACGGCAAUGGUUCAAUCAUUUUAUCCGGCCGCAAACGUUUCUCCUCCGAUCUGAGCAUUGGUGCUCAGAAUGAGAAUAGCAGCCACACUCUGCCCACUUAUCGCAGCGAUCUGGAGAUCCAUGCGCCGGAGAACAACAAAACUUUGCCCAAGCGGCCGCAGAGCACCACAGAAUUGAAUGAAGACGCGAGACGCAUUCACGGUCUUGCCACACCAAUAAGAAAAUUAACAAAUAUCUCAUCACGACCCGAGUACCGACACUUUGUUCACGACGCUGAUUCGCGUGGCUCGUCAUCGGGCACUCCAUCGUUGUCCUCCAACUCGUUCAUCUCGGCGAUGUCGUCGCAGGAGGAUGUUGCUUUGGUCAACUUGCAUCAGCAGGUCAAUCGACCCAUUAUCGAUUCACCGCUUCUCAUGGCCAGCUAUUUGAAUCACUUGUCGCAGGUGAAAUGCUUCAAUUGGAAUGGUUGCUCCUUUCCCCUCGGACCGGAUGUGUUCUCCACGCCGCUCUUCCACGAGAACGAGGACGGUGGCCUAACCUAUAUUGGCAGCAAAAUGUUGCCCCACUUCGAUUUGUAUUCGUGCUGGCGUGAGAUUAAAGUUGUGCCACGCUAUGAGAAUAGCACUGGUAGCAACAGUUCGGCCACUUUUCUGGGUGGUCCCAAAUCACAUCCCUGGGAUCCGAGUGUACUGCUCAAGGAGGAGGAAUCGGAUAAGACCACCAACGGUUUCGACGAUGGCGAGUUCAUGAGUCUCCAAGCGGAGGGCGGUGCUGCCUGUACCUCGGUGGUGGCCAGACUCAAAGGCCAGCUGAAUGUGUUCCUCACCCCCCUGCUGUUGGAGGGCCUGCAGCGAAUGGUUGAGGCAGCUGUGCCAACGAUACAAUCGAUGCAUCUGCUCUCUGUUGUCAAUUUCAUACACGCCUCGUGCAUAGCCAAAGUGAAGAAUGACAAUAUUCUGAAGCGUGAUCAAAGCCUCAGCUACUGGUCACAGGUGCACUCGAAUUCCAAGCGUUCGACAACCGAACGACAUUUACAAGGACCCGGCGACUCAUUUCUAAGCGAUGUCUACGAGGAGAGCAUAUCGACAAAGACCCAGGGUCUGAUUGUGUUGCCCAAGGUGAGCAUCACCAUGCUGCAAUCAUCCAUUGUGGAGGAGAUUAUAUCCGUGGCAGCACUGGACAAUGUUCAGGAUCUCAGCUGCGUUUCACUGCUCACUUUUUAUAUGGAGGGCAUCUCCACCAAGUUUCAUCUGGGCAAAACGACUCGUGCCUCCAUGCAUAAUGUCUACAUUCAACAGACAGUUCAAUCGGGCAGCAGUCACAAGAAGGGCGGCAUUAUGAAGGGUACCCGAGCACUGUUGGCUCAUCUCUCCUCGCAGACGCGACCCGACAAUGUUCAAGGUGAACCCAUACUCAUUGAAACAUCCGAGAAGCAGCUGGAAGAAUUAGUUAUAACACUCGAUAUUGGACGAGCGCAUGCGCAGCUGCGUCGCCUCAAGACCGAGGGGCAAUCGUGUGCACCCGAAACGCCAGUGAUUGUCACAGCGAUACCGGAGCACAAGAGCAAGGUUCUCUUCGAGUGCCUCAAGAUGCCUGAGAGCACGGGCAUCGAGAGCAUCGGUUACAUCAUGUUCGAGUGUGGACUGGAAGGUGUUGGCGUUAAGAUCGUCAAACGUUCACAUUUCGAGAAAUCGGAGAACAGCAAAGAGGAACUGGCCGAAAUGACAGCUGGGGCAGAGGCAGCAUCGACUGCUGCUGCUGCUGGUGGCUCCUUCAAUCUCAACGAAUUGGUUGGCGCGUCUGGCAAUGCUGCAAGUGACGCUGCCACAACUGGAGAUGCAACUGGCGCCACAUCGAAAGCAGAGGCCGCCUGGCGUUUGAUCACCAAGAAGCCACCGACACCCAAAACGCCCAAAGAAAAGUUCCAAAAUGCGCUGGACAACAUUAUAGUCAGUGAUAGCGGCACAGCUGCAUCCAAACAGCCGCCGCCCGAUGAGGAUGUGGAGAAGGGAACUGGUGCAGCCAGCACGGCGCAGAGUGCAACAGGUGCAGGUGCAGCUGGUGCACAGAAAUCGGGCGCUGCAACUGCUGCCAAGGAUGGUGGCUACGACAAGGCUCUCUCCAAUGUAAAAGGCACGGAUAAAACCUCGUCCUGCGUCAUCGAGUUGAAAUCGGUGUGGUUCAAUUUUGCGGCGCCUCCCUGUGUGCCCAUCACACGUAAGAUCGACUUGACGCGAUUGGAUUGGAAUCUGCUGAGCACCGCCUCGCCAGCAAUCACUGCCUGGAUGAAUCCCAGCAAUCGGCUGGCCAUUAAAAUAGUCUCGCUGCUCAAAGUGUUGCACACACGGCAAACAGCUGUUGCUGCCUGCCUCAUGGCCGAUGCCAUGGAAAACGAGAAGAUUCAGCGCAAUCCAAAGAUAAAGAAGAGUCGCUAUGCGAAUAAUUACACGCUGUUGUCGAAGACGCUGCAGGAGGAUCCCAGCUGUCAGCUGUGCUACAUUAUGCAGAAACUGGUGCUGGACGAGGGUGUUCAACGCAUCGAGCAGAUCUUCAAGCAUGGCGAGGUGCCGCACCUGAAUACGCUGCGACAGGGCAUCAUUGUGUUGAGUCGCCAGUGGAAGAACACCUUGUACAAUCCAAUAUUGUUUGAGCAUCAAUAUAAAAAUAAAUUGGCGCGACCGAUAAAUGUGACAUUCUCGUUUCCGCAGAACGAGGAGGAGUGCGAGGCGGAUGAGUGUGAAGGUGAUGUUGAAAUGGGCGCCUAUGCGGGCGUCGGCGACCAUCCGGAAGAGAGUGAGAAUGCUUUAUUACUUGGGCAAACACAGCAUCAUCGAACUCACAUUGAUAAUACACAAUACGGUGGCAUGUCCUAUGCCCAUGAGACUGCUCAUCACGCACCCGGUUCGCAGAGAUCAGCAUCCACAUCGCCCAAUAUACACCAGACACGUCGUGGUCUGAGCAAAGUGCACAGCAAAGCCUCGAAUUUCUCACAUGGCAAUUCGUCUCGUUCCAGCAUACAAAUGCUGCCCAUUAUCUCGAAUCUGGUGGAGAAACAAGUGCCAGAAUUUGAAUACGGCGCAUUGCAGGAGGGCUCGUUGAGCUCGACGAAUUCGGUGAACAAGUUUUGGCUGGGCGCCGAGAAUCACAAGGAGGAUUUGUACUUCUGGAUGGCUAAGCAUCAGGACAACAACAAGAAGAAGGAGCAUUCCGCUGAAAAGGAGCACGAUGCCCAACCCGUGCCGCCCAAGCUGCCAGGACAGACGCACACACGCCGGGACAUUAUGCAGGACUCUAUAAAGCUGCUCGAUGCACAUCUGAUCUUUGAGCCAUUGCUCACUUGUCUAGGUGUUAUGCCACAGCAAAUGAUCAACAAGUUCUCAAAUGCUGAUAUCUCAUCGCUGGAGAACUUUGGCACAAAUCUAUCGCUAAUUGGCACCUUUGAUUCCAUACGCGUGGAUAUUGUAGUCAGCGAGGCGGGCGAUAAGAACAAGAACAGCAACAGCAGCAGCAGUAGCAGCAAUACCAAACCCGCUUCCGCCGCCGCCAAGUUGAACAAGAAAUCGAACGGAGCACGUGGCUCCAUCAUGAUAGACACACCGCUCUUUCUGUGCGAACGCGUCGGAGUUGAGCUCGAGGUGCUCAAAAUGUCCGAUGGUAUGGUGGAUCAGGCACGCCAAAAUGUCAUCUAUAUGUCACGGCGUCAGCUCAAGAAGCACACGAGCACUGUGAUCAAUUUUAGUCUCAAUGUGCGCUUCAUUUCGCAGCAGGUGAAUAUGCCACUGCUGCGACUGCUCCAUCAGAUCUGCAACAUGUAUCAGAAUGUCAAGGAUGCGCAGAACGAGUUCCACGAACAUCCCGAACUGAGCAAGAAGAGCCAGACCAAGGAUGAGUGUAGCUUGGCCUCCGAGCCAACGGAUAUGCUACCCUUCACCUCGAUUGCGGAGCGUUUUGCUACCCACGGGGAGAGUUUCUCGGAUGAGCGCUACGACAAGUUCAAUGAGACGAUGCCGAUGCCAUCAAAUCGGCCACGUGGAAGUGCAAUGGCGCCCAUAAUACAACUGACACCCUCGCCAAAUGCCAAAAAUCGACCGCAAAGUUUUGCUCAGAAGCUGCGAUCGACGGGCAAAUCCGUCAAAGGAAAGCUGGGCUACACCAAUCUGAACGAGUCGAGUUCGUCACCGCUGCGAGACAGUCCAACGAUGUCGCUGCACGAGCAGAACAUGCUCAAGCUGACCACCGAGUCGAAGGCAUCGUUGAAUGGCGGCUGUGCGACCAGUGUUAGUGGAGAUUACAACAACACACUGACCAAAUCGGGCAUGCCAACAUUGCUGCCACCGUUGCUGGAGACGCCCAACUGCUGGAAGACCAUCUAUCAUCUGCUGGAACUCUAUGGCACCAUGCCAGAGACUAAGACAGUGGUUCAGCGCAGUUCCCUCAACGAGCACAAGAAGCCAGCAACCAGUUUCAAUAAUAACGAUGAUGAUGAUGUGACAAAUGCACCGACUCCUCUGCCCCAGCAUCGUGAGAUGAACUUGCUCGAUGGCGUGCCGCAGGAGCGAACGCGUCUCAUUGUCUUCGGAGUGGCCAAGAUACACAAAACCCGAUUGCUGGCGACUCUAUCGGGCCUGAAGCUUGAGUCGGAGAUCACCACGCUGAAUAGCACGGCCACCUGGCGCAAGAAGGCCCGACCCGUUUCGCUGGAGUGCUCCCUCACUGGGCAAGUAGGACGCGCUAUGAUUGUCCUGCUCGAGGGCGUGGCGCCCAGUCAACAAACCGUUGUCAAGGUGACCGUAGGCAAGAGUCAGACACUCUACUCGAGCCUCUCGAAGCGCGGCAAGGACAAGAAUAGUGGCCUGCUGUCCAUUGGACCCGUUAACAUAGACAUUCCCCAGCAUCCCGUGGCCUUGCAUGGCAUGAUGACGCGCAGCUCCAAGCAAUUGUCAUCGACACUCCAAGAGUUGCGUGUCAAACGCAAUUCAGGUCGUUCUACGCUGCGUUCGCAUACGGCGGAGGAACCAGACUCUCCAUUCCAUGCACGCAACUCGGGCGGCACCAACAGCGGCGUGGGCACUGCCAGCGAGAUGCGGGAACGCACCGUCUCCGGCGGAGCACAGCCGCAGCCCCAACUGGCGGCCCGACGUGCCGCACGCCUCGCCCAAUCCAAGCCAGCAACAGCGAUGCAACAGAAUGGUUUGCUGCAGCCGCUCGUGAUGCAAUUCAAUGUGCUGCUCCAGAGUCUGUCCAUAAAUGCAGCGCUGUUGCCAUCUCUGCAGGCGCAGUAUCGCAUGAAUCAUGUCAGCUCCAUGGGUGUCACCGGGCAGCGUGCCAAGUUUGUCAUCGAUCUGCCCACGCACACGCUGAGCUUCAAUACCAAACUGCAGAACGAAAUGAAUUUGCCAUCGGAGGCGUGCAUUGGUUUGCCGCCGGUGCAUGUGCUGGCCGAAUAUAUACCGGACAAUCGACAGGAGAAUACGGAGAGCAUUGAGGGCAUUGUGCUGCGACAAGGUGGCUAUGUGAAUGCCAGCGCGGAGAUUGGUGAAUUCGAGCGUUGUCUGACCACCGAUCUGCUGAAUCAUUUGGUAUUUGUGCAGAAGGUUUUCAUGCGCGAGAUCAACGAAGUGCUGCAGAAGGUUUAUGGUGGUGAGAAACCUGUGCCUCUCUGGACCGAGGAUAGCGGGGAUAAUGCCAGUGUGCAGGAGUCGACACUGAAGCGCAUCCUCUUCUCCAUCAACAUAUCCAUGAAACGCAUCCAGUUGACAGCCACCACGCCCUGUUCGUCAGCGGUGCGAUUCGAGACUGGCACUUUGGAGUUGCAGUUGUCGAAUCGUGUCAAGAAUUUGGGUGAUUUGAGUAAUCGCAAGCUGUUCUUCAAGGCGCACAUCGAUUUCAAUUUGUCACUCGGUCAAAUCAUUAGGAAUGUGAUCUUUGAUGAGGCGGAGCCGGAAUUUCAGCAAUAUGCCUUUUUCCAUACGACCAUCGGUCUGCGUAACGCCUUCCAGGAUGAGCUGCUCAAUGAAGACAAGGAGCUCAUAUUGUUGACGCUAAAGCGUCCCCUGGUCUACGUACAGCCGAUAGCCGUGGACAAGGCCAUAUUGGUCUGGCUGAACUAUAAGAAUGCCUACGAAUAUUGGGCGGAGAAGCGUGCGAAUCUCUGCUAUGAUCAUGCACCGAAUGCCACCCAGCAGGUCUUUGACCGGGUCGCCUUUGGUCAAAUAGCAAGCUCGAAUUUAUCUACGCUCUUUCUGCAACUAACCGUCGAGGAUAUGGGCAUCUGUUUGCCCCUGAAACAAGUCAAUACGGUGCCUUAUGGUUCUCGUUCGUAUCAGGAUUUUGAUGCCAAGGGCGCCGUUGUCAUCACGCUGGAGAACACAAUAAUCUCGGCUUGCAAUUCGGGUUCGUUGGUGUCGAAGGGUAAAUUUCAAGGACUUUGUCUGCGUUUUGCCGAUGAUUUUGAGACGAAUCUGGACGACUGGAAGCCGAGCAGUGUGGAGCCCAUUAUGAAUGUGUGCGUUGUCUCCGAGGGCACAUUUGAGGUCUGCUCCCGCACCACGGCGGCCAAGAAGGGUGAGAAUGCCAAGUGGCUGUUGAAUGUCAAGUGGCAAAUGGAGGGCGUCGACAUCCAUUUGGAUGUGAACAUUGGCAAACAGCUGUCAUCACUGGGACACACGCUGACCAUGCUCACCGGCUUCGAGGAGGACGAUCAAACCCAGAUGGAAUCGCCUGACAGCGAUGAGGGUGACCAGAGCAGCCGGGACACUUAUGUGCGACGUCGCGGCGAAUUUGAUAAUCUGCCAGCGUUUGUCUUUGAUCCCACAAUCGACUCCAAGAAGCGAUCGUUCAUGAUGGAAAAGGAGAUGGCCGAGCAGCUGAAGAUCAUCAACGACUUGCGCACGUUGGGCGCCUCCCACAAUACGGUGGCGCACGAGGAGCGACGACUGCAGGAGCUGCAAGCUAUUUGCUAUAAAUACUUUCGACGUGAUAUGAUACAAAAGUGGAAACGGCCCUCCUUGCGUAGAUCUCUCAAGAAUUACAGUCGCUCCCAUUCGUAUAUUGGCAGCGGUGUUGCUGGAGCAGCUGCUGGUAAUGUGGUGUUGCCCGCUGGUGUUGCCAGUUUGCAACGCGAGUUGCCACUGGACAAUGGCAGUCAUAGCUAUGCGGGACGACGUCUCGACACGAUUGCCUCUAACGAUGAGAUCUCCAGUUUGCAGAGCACCCCCGCAUCUUGUCAUUCGCGCAGCGCUUCGCUCAAAACGGGCGUCAGUCGAGUGACUUUUACGGAUGCCAUGCGUCAAACGUCGUUGCCAAAUGCGGACACCGAUGCGGAGACGGCAGAUAAUGAAUUGGAUUGGCGUCAGGAUUGUUGUACGCCCAGUGAAAUGGAUGUGGAUGGCAUCUCAGUGGAGAUGCGACGCAAGCACGCCUAUGCGCAUGCCCAGAAACAGCAGCCAGAGCCGAACAUCGACUUCGAACUGGAUGUGAAAGUGCUGGUCAAUUCGGGUAAGUGUGUGCUGCACACCAAGGAGAAUCAUGCGGGCGAGGAGAGUGCAGCCGGUGCCGCUGCAGCUGCAGCCGCCGCCUCCAGCGUGAAGACGCACAAACGAGAGCGCAGCAUUGGCAAUGAUUGGGGCAGUCCAACUCCGUCGCGUCGACAGCGCGACAAAAGCAAGCUCAGGUUUAAUGCGAGUGCCCAUAAUGCUCUGCUCGCAGAUCUGACCAUCUUUCACAUACCCGGCUUGGAUGUCAAGUUGCAUUAUCAAUCGCGUACGCUGCCGGAACUCGGGCAGGAGUUGCCCACAACUCCAGCAGCAACAGCAACUGCAGCAGCAGCAGCAAUUGCUGGUCGUCGCCUGGGCAACAAGCGUGCCACUUUGAGUGCCUGGAUGACGCUGCAAAGCAUACCCGAGGAGACAAUCAUCUCGCCGCACAUCCUCGAGUUUCUCGAGCAGACACUCGAACCCAUUCCGACCCGUCAGCAGGCGAAUAGUAUUCCCGUGACGCCCUCACAUGCGACACCCGUCAAUCUGGACAUAUUGCCGGCAAAUUAUGCCACCUAUGCCUCGUUUCCCGUCGAUGUCAUCGUAUAUUUCCACAUGCAACCAUCCACGUUUAGAUUUAGCUGUCUGCCCGUGUCGCGUGUGGAGUGCAUGCUGCAACUGCCCAGCUUGGAUAUUGUGUUUAGCUCCAAGCGCAGCAGUGGCGAGGAGGAGCAGCAGCAGUCGCAAACCCACUCGCAUGCAGAUCAACAGCUGCCCACUGGUGGUCUGAGCGUCACUGGUUGCCUCGCCGAUUUCAAUGUGUACAUCUUCCAUCCUUAUGGCGGCAAGAAGACCUCAAAGGAGACCCAAUUCUCACCGCUGAGCGACAGCGAACGCAAAGAUUCGCUCAGCAUCAAUGUGGAGUUUGUCAAGUUUCACAUAACUCGCUGCAGGAAAGUCUACAUUGAACCACUGCCCAGCUCGAAGAGGGCUCUAGAUCAAUCCAGGGCUGUCAUACGCUUCUCCACAAUUGUGGACAUUGGCAGCGCCAGUUUCAAAUACGAUAUGCGUCGCCUCACCGAGAUUUUGGCCUUUCCCAAGGCCUGGUAUCGUCGUCGCAUUGUGCGGCGUCUCUUCCUUGGCGAUCUCAGUGUUCAUCAGCAACAGCAGCAGCAGCAGCAACAAGCGGGCGCUGAAACUCCAACGGGUUGUGCACCAACCACACCCACUCCGAGCGAGGGUCGCUCCAAGGAUAAACUCCGGCUCGACUUUGAGCAACAAUCGCAGCAACAAUCGCACCAGCAACUUGGUCACUUUGGCGCCGUCCGCAAACUGAAAUCAUUGGGUAAAUCCUCGAGUGCUGAAUCUUCGGGCACUCCUCCCUCGGAGAAGAAUCAGAUUACAGCGUGGGAAACUCUUGUCAUUUUUGCUGUCAACUUCACCAAGCUGAAUGUGCAGAUGAACAUUGGCAACGUGUGCGGCAAUGUGGUCUGGCUGACCAAGGAUUUCCGGUCGGAUGGCCGGCUGUCCAUAGGCAGCACAGGCUAUAAGAAUAUGUAUGCGGGCAUCUAUUUGGGUGGCUCGGCACUGGAUGCCAAGGGUGGCAUUGUCGGCGGCAGUUUUGAGGUGAACAAGAUCAACAAACGUUUCCACAUCAAGGAGGAGUCCGGCAUGGAGCCGUAUCAUACGCUGGGACUGAGCUUUAUGGCGUUGGAGUUGCGUUUGGACUACAUGGGCACCUCGGUGCUGAUGACACGCAUCAGCACCUUUGCCGCCGCCAUGAAGGAUGAGUGGCGCACCGCCACACAGGCGGCGGCCACCUGUGGCAAGGAUCAACCGCGUGCGCUGAUUUUCAUACACGGUGAUCUCAGCUGGGAUCAGCUACAGAUUAUGAUAUCCAAAUCGACGACAGCCGAUUUAAUGAAGAUGUAUUUUAAACUCGAGGAGUUCUUCACCCAGCAAUUCAAGUCCUCCAAACGUGUCUUCUCCAGCUUGGAGCCACGUUUGCAGGAUCGUUCGGCCAGCAUUCGGCGUCGCCAGCAGCACAAGAAGAAGCCCAACGGAGAGUUGCCACAAGCAGCUGUUGCUGCCACGGCUGCCCCCAACUAUUGUGGCGUGGACAAUACGGAUGCACGUCAUCAUCGCCACUGGCAGAAGCCGCUGGCGCAGGCCAUUGGCUUGGUGGUGCCAUCGCUGGUCACACGGCUGCCACGGCAUGGCAACGUACUCGGCGGCACCGUUGAGCUGCGUGGCCAGAACAUCUCCCUCGCCUGCUUCCAUGGCAUCAAUUUCAAGUCCAAGGCUUGGGCGUUGUUCAGUCUCAAGUCGCCUUCGAUUAAUUUUGCCACCGAGGCGCGUCAGUUGGAGGACACCAGCGAGGUGCUCGUCUGUCAGACUUUGACCUCGAGUCUGGGCCAGACAGUCGAGGGACAGCAGCAACAGAAUCAUUCCAUGGCCAUCGUUAGUCGCAUCACGCGUAAUAUUAUCUUCCCGCCACAGUUCAAGACGCUUAAUGAGUGGUUCCACUAUGCCUUCGCCAACAGCGAGAUCGAUGCUGUUGAUCGCUUCCCGAUGUUGGAGUGCGAGCGUGAGAUUGCCUCCAAUUCCAUUGAGCGCACUCGUGCCUCGGGCAGCAGCAGUGCAGCCAAAUCCCAGGAGCACAAUCACAAUCGCGAGGUCAUCUUUGCACUGCCCAGUCUCCAGCUGCACUUCAAGACUGAGCACAAACAGGGGCCAACAACGCCAGAACCAACGGGUAAAAAAAAACACACAAAAAAAAUCAUGAAAACUCAUUCGAAAACAUUAUUAAAAUAUUUGUUCUUUUUACUAGAAACGAAACCUGAAGUCUUGUGCAGUUUUAUGACCGAUUUUGAUGAUCAUAUAUUUGUCACCGUCGAUGCGGAUGCUUUCUUCUUUCUGCAUGAUCUGAUUACGUCCUAUGUCACCGAAAAGGAGAAAGUGAUCGGAGCUCAAUCGGCGCGUGCCGCCUCGCCAAAUCUAUCGCAAAAGACCAACCUGAAGCCAUACCUAACAGAUGAGAUACUCAAGGAGAAGAAGAGCAACUCUAAUACGAACUUGACUGUGCAGCAGGCCCAGAAGUUGAGCGGCAGCAAGAGCAGCCUGGAGCCGCUGCAGGGUAGCCACACAAAUCUGGCCAACUCCACAAGCAAUGCGGCAACAAAUGCAACGACAACAACACCAAGCACGACGACAACAACAAACACAACAACAGUAACAAAUACGACAACGGUAACAACAACUGCAACAACAGCAGCAACUCCGUCAACGACAACAAAUCCAGCAACAGGUGAUGUCAAAGAUGGCAGUGCGCAGAGCAAGCCAGGAGCAGAUGGAAAUGCUCAGCUGCCCAGCUUUGAUAUUGAGUCCUUUGUACGGGAUUGGCGCCACUUUGAGUGUCAGACGUGGCACCUGGAGCCGACAGUGCGUCUGCUUUCGUGGGCCGGUAAGUCCAUUGAGCCAUAUGGCGUCGACUAUAUACUCAAUAAGCUGGGCUUUAGCCACGCGCGCACCACAAUACCCAAGUGGUUGCAGCGUGGUUUCAUGGACCCACUGGACAAGGUGGAGGCUCUGAUGAUGCUCCAACUGUUGCUAAUGGUGCGCGAAAAUAAAUCGGAUGCGGGAAAUGCCAAGCAGCAGCAACAUCAUCGACCAGCUCCAAAAUAGGCCUGAAGCGGAAGAGAGCAAUUCGAAAAUGACAAUUAAGAAAUCUAUCAAUUAGCUUUAAUCAGCAAAUCAGCAUUGUAUAGCGAUCUUUAUAGCCCAUUUAAUACUUGUAAUAUCUGUGUGAUUUGUGUAAUUUAUAUAUAUAUAUACGUAUGUCGAGUUCUUGAACAUUUCUUAUGUAUUGUAUAAGGAAUAGUUUGAUUGCGCUCCAAGUUCGUCGGCUUAUUACUAUUAUUAUAAUUAUUAUUAUUACUAUUAUUAAUAACUAGCCAAAUGGUCAGCUUUGUUAAAUUGUAAAUUGUUUGCUCGCGUUUUCCCCCUUUUGAAUGUGUUUCAUUUCGAUCUAAGUAUAAAAUCAAGCGCAUCGCGUAAUUUGCUCAAUUUUAGCGCUUUGUUAAACCUAUUGUUUUUAAAACUGAUUGUGCAGAGCCAAUGUUUAAACUAUAAGUAGCUCUAAUUGAUAAAUAUAUCUAUAUAUAUAUAUGUAUACACUUACUUACUAUAUUAUUAAACGAAAACUGUAUAAGUUUCUAAAUAGGCAAUAAAGUCAACUUUUAAAAGUGCAUA